CUGGAUCAGUAUCAGCUGGAGGAAUUCAAACUUGGCCUCCAGGCCCCGCAGCUGCUGCUUGAGAACUCCCGGCCGAUCCCCUGGGCGAGCCUGAAAGCCGCUGGUCCCGCUGAUCUGCUGUGCCUGUUGAGUGAGUACUUACCAGCGAGGCAGGUAUGGGACGUGACCCUCCACAUCUUCGAAAACAUGCAGCUGACUUCACUCUGCGAGGAAAUGAGAGCCAAGACGAAUGAGUUCACACGGGCGCAGGAGCCCCACGAUGCAGACCAGGAAGGACCAGGGACGCCAGGAGAAGAAGCAGCCCACAGGAGGAGGUACAGAGAGAGGAUGAAGGCUAAAGUACUGGCGAUGUGGGACAGCGUCUCCUGGCCUGAAGACCAUAUAUAUCUCUGCAACGUGACGGCGAAGGAGCACGAAGAACUUAGGAGGCUGCUGGGUCCUAACCGGGCCGGAGCCCAGCCCCGGACGAUCGUCCUGGAGGGCGAGGCCGGGGCUGGGAAGAGCACGCUGGCGAUGAAAGCCGUGCUGCACUGGGCAGAGGGCGUCCUCUUCCAGGACAGGUUCUCCUAUGUUUUCUUUAUCAGCUGCCAUAAAGUGAACGAGAUGGCGGACACCACCCUUGCUGGCUUGCUUUCCCAGGACUGGCCUGACUCUCAGGUCCCCAUUGAAGAGUUCAUGGGUCAUCCCGAGAGGCUCCUGUUUGUCAUUGAUGGCUUUGAAGAGAUAGUUUUGUCCCCCGACUUGGACAACAGCCCGCCAUGCUCAGACUGGUACCGGCGGCUCCCAGUGGCCAGAAUCCUCCUCCACUUGUUGAAGAAAGAGUUGGCGCCCACGGCUACCCUACUGGUAACAGCCAGAGACUACAGUAAUGGUCGUCUUAAAGGGCUGCUGCUGAAUCCAUGGUUUGUCUUACUCUCAGGGUUCACAGAGGGAGACCGGGAGGAGUACUUCACCAGGUUCUUUGGUGACUACGACCAAGCCACGAAGAUCUUGCUUAAGAUAAGAAAAAUGGAGUCUCUGUUUCGCUCCUGCUCUGCCCCCCUGGUGUGCUGGGCCGUGUGCUCCUGCCUGAAGUGGCGGAUGGCGAGAAGCCCGUCUGUCCGGCCGGGCGCCGAGACCGCCACCAGCCUGUACGCCCGCUUCUUCUCCGGCCUGUCUUCCGUGGCAGCGGCGAGCGUGUCGGGGCAGAGCUGGCCGGGGCAGUGGAGGGCCCUCUGCAGCCUCGCUGCAGAGGGAAUGUGGUUCUCGCACUUCACGUUUGCAAAGGAGGACGUGGAGCGCUGGCACCUGGAGGCCCCUCUCGUCGAGUCUCUCCUGAGGCGGAAUAUUCUGCGCAAAGUCGGUGACUGUGAGGACUGCGUUGCUUUCACGCACCACAGCUUCCAGGUGUUUCUGGGGGCCGUGUUCUAUGUGCUCCGGGGAGCCAGAGGGUCCCUUGGUGGUGGUUCCACGAGGCAUCAAGAGAUGAGGGCGCUGCUGAGUGACGCCUUAUUGAACACAAACGUCUAUUGGAAUCCGAUGGUUCUCUUUCUCUUUGGUCUUGUAAGAAGAGACCUGGCCAGGGAACUGGAAGACGCUCUGGGUUGUGAAGUGUCUCGCGGGGUGAGGGACGAGCUGCUGGACUGGGCAGAAGACUUGGAGAGGUGCAGCGCAGUCUCCGUCCGUUUUGAGUUCCUGCUGCUUUUCCAGUGCUUACAUGAGACGCAGGACGAGGACUUUGUACGGCAGAUCCUGAGUCGCCUCCUGGAAGCCGACCUUGACGUUCGUGGGAGUCUGCAACUUCUAGUUUCUUCCUUUUGCCUGAAGCACUGUCAGAAGCUGAGCAAGCUGAGGCUCUCUGUCAGCAGUCCCAUCCCUCAAACGGAGCUGACUUUUGACCCGGAAACCCCGGGGGCAAAGGUGGUCGAUUUGAGGACUCGUCAGUGGCAGGAUAUUUGCUCCGUGUUUCGCAAUGGGAACAUGCGUGAGCUGGACCUGAGUGACAGCAAGCUUAAUGCUCCCUCCAUGAAGAAACUCUGUUACGAGCUGAGAAAUCCAAGAUGCAAACUCCAGAAGCUGACGUGCAGGUCGGUGUCUCCCGUGCGGGUUCUGAAGGAGCUCGUCCUCGUUCUGCAUGGGAACCACAGGCUGACCCACCUCGACCUGAGCUGCAACAACCUGGGAAUCACCGUGUCCGCGAUGAUCUUCAGAACUCUGAGGCACUCAGCCUGCAACCUCCAGUAUCUGUGGUUGGAGUCGUGUGGCCUCACCACCUGGGCCUGCCAUCAGCUCUUUGCGGAACUCGGCGAGAACUCCAGCCUGCGGUUCCUCAGCCUGGGCGACAACGACCUCUCUAACACCGAGGUGAAAAGACUGCAGGGGCCGUUUGGGACGUCCAGGUGUCCCCUCAAGGAGCUAUCGCUGGAGAAGUGCAACCUGUCAGUGGCCAGCUGUCAGGACCUGGCCCUGCUUCUUACCAGCGCCCAGGGGGUGACUCGGCUAUGCCUGGGGUUGAAUCCGCUCCAAGAUGAUGGUGUGGAGCCGCUGUGUGCUUCCCUGGCCCACCCCGACUGCGUCUUGGAGAGACUGGUGGCUCAGGAUAAGACGUGUGGGCACCUCUUCUUCCCGUGGAAGACAGAUGACUUUCCCCCACUCUGUUUAUUUUUCCUUUGCAGCUUGUCAGCUUGCUCUUUGACAGCAGAGGGCUGUCAGGAGCUUGCUGACGCCCUCAAGUGCAACCCUAAUGUGAAAACCUUGGAUAUUGGGGAAAAUGACGUUCAGGAUGAUGGGGUGAAACGGCUGUGCGAGGUGCUGAAGUGCUCGAAUUGCGCACUGAGCACACUUGGGUUGGAGAAAUGUAACUUGACGCCUGGUUGCUGCCAGCAUCUCUCCUCUGUUCUCAGAAGCAGCAAAAGCCUGGUUAAUCUGAACCUGUUAGGAAAUGACCUGGGGCCUGAGGGAGUCAGCACGCUGUGGAAGUCCUUGGAAAACCCAGCGUGCACACUGCGGAAACUCGGGCUCGAAGAAGACUUGUACUCCAUAGUGAAAGCGGAGUUGGAGAAGUUACAGGAGAAGGGGUCCUCUCUGAGAAUCAAGUGUACAAGAUGGGUAGUCAGAGAGGACAGAUGUUGCCUGGGGCUACAGGACUGAACAUGGACAAGCCAGGAUUCCAGCACCGGCCCCCGUGAUUGAGGAAGUAACAGAGGAUCCAGACGGUCCCGCGACAUCAGCCGUCAGCCGUGGCACCUGCACUGGGAGCCCAGCGCAAGGACGACGGGAGCGAGGUCGUGCCGCCGGGACAGCCAGACGUAGGCUCCGGGGAUGGGCUUGGAAGGGGUGGACCCGUAUCUUCAUGAGACGGAGACGGUAAUGAUCUCGGUGCGGGAGUUACCCCGGUUUUAGCCUAACAGCUACUACAACUGCUCGGUCUCAUAGAGGCUUGAAAGGGGAAAAUAAAUGAGAGAGAGAGAGACGCUAAGGGUUCAUUAUCUACUACAUAACAUCUAUCUGAUAAAAUCAUACAGGUAAGUUUUAUUAUAAUUAUGCUUAUAACGAUAGACUUGCAAGCUUAAAUACAUUAUAUAGUAUAUUUAGAAUUUUAAAUACUAUAUAAUCAUCCAUAUAAUUACAUGUGUAAUUUCUAUUACAGUUACAUUUAUUACAGGCUUAUAUACUUUGUAAUUAUGUAUAACAUAUAUAUUUGUAUAAUAUA